ACUAGUUACAACUCUCACUUGCGCUCCUCUCCCCUGCUCUUUCCUUGACUCUCUGCUGCUUAUAAUUGAUUUCUCCCCCAGCGGACUCUCUAUGUCCUUUAUUUGACAUUGGAGGUUUUGCCAUUCGCCCUCCUCCCUUACACCUACGGUCAUAACCUAGUCUGCCGCGGUACUUACCGGGCACAUGGCUGCGGAUUAUUAGACUCGCUACGUUCCACAUCGUUCUCCUUACCGAGCUCAACACCCCCUUUGCCAGGUAUAUCGCCUGCUAGAUAUUGUACUCGCUACAUGAAAACUCUCGCGCGACCACGUCCAUGUCCUCAGUUCAUAUCCUUCCUCCGGAGCCUUCAGGCGCCCGCGAAGGUGUCAAUGUGACAUCCAAAUUCAGCGAUGUCGCAGCUGUAGAUGAAACCUCAGAAGCUACAUCUACUAUCGGUAUAGGAAAUGACACUCAGCUGGAGGGUCAGCCCGGACAGUUGUCAGACGUCACAAAGGGCCCAACAGCGGACGGUAUCGCCCGUCAUCCCGACAGCGGCGAGAAGCAUGCUCCAGAGUCUCGUAGAGACCCUGGUGGCUUAGCAGCACCUUCGGAAACUCCUCAGAAAGAGGCGGUCAGAUCCAUCACAAUUGAAGAUCCGCACAGCAGAAAUGCGCCUGGAAAACAGUCUGGAACCACUAAUGGAAAGAGCCAUGGUAUCCGCUGGGCGCCACUGAAUGUCGGCCUAGAACGGCGCCUUCAGACGUUCGUCGUCCUUUGCCAUACACUAACUAUACCUAUCUUUUUGACUCUUUUUUUCUUCCUGUGUGCCAUACCCUUGUUCUGGCCUCUACUCAUCCCGUACUUGAUAUACAUUCUACUUUUCGCUGACGGUGCCACAUCCGGGACUUUGCGUGGCCGUAGUAAUUUUCUGCGUUCGCUUCCUGUUUGGUCGCUGUACGCAAACUAUUUCCCUGCCCGUCUGCACCGCUCGGUGCCCCUGGAGCCAACUCGAAAGUACAUAUUUGGGUAUCAUCCUCAUGGCAUCAUCUCGCACGGAGCCUUUUCUGCCUUUGCUACAGAAGCUCUUGGCUUCUCUAAACUUUUCCCGGGGAUCACGAACACACUGCUUACCCUGGAUUCAAAUUUCCGGAUCCCCUUCUACAGGGAGUAUGUCCUCGGCAUGGGACUUGCGAGCGUUUCCCGCGAGUCGUGCGAGAACCUGCUGACCAAAGGCGGCAUUGAUGGAGAAGGGAUGGGCCGUGCCAUCACGAUCGUGGUAGGCGGGGCUCGGGAGUCUCUUCAUGCGCUACCUCAUACUAUGCGUCUGGUCUUGAAGAGCCGCAAGGGGUUCGUGAAGCUGGCAGUCCGGACAGGAGCGGAUCUUGUUCCCGUCCUAAGCUUUGGGGAGAACGAAUUAUAUGAUCAAGUACGCUCAGACGAGCACCCUCUCAUACACAAAUUGCAGAUGCUGGUCAAGCGGACUAUGGGAUUUACAAUCCCCUUGUUCCACGCUCGGGGAGUAUUCAAUUAUGACGUGGGCCUGAUGCCUUAUCGACGGCCAAUGAAUAUCGUUGUUGGCAGGCCUAUUCGCGUGGUUCAGCAACGGAAGGGGGCGCCCCUGGAUGAGCGCUACGUGGACGAGCUGCAUGCCAAAUACGUCCAGGAGUUGGAGCGGAUAUGGGAAGAAUACCGAGACAUCUUCUCCGCCGACAGAGUCUCAGAGCUGGAGAUUUUAGAGUAACCAGAUUUUCUCUGAUACUAUAUUCCAGAAAGCAUGUUUUCAGGUGCGGCUGAGCGUAUAGGUCGAUUGACAGAUCGGAAGCCCUUCCUAAGUGGUCAUGGCGUUUGUUAUGAGAAGUUACCUUUCCCAUAUAUUGAGUCGAGAGUAUUAAUGCUAUGAAAAGGCUGGACCCUUAACAGCGCAGUACCCACUGCUGCUGCUGCCAGUUCUGAAAAGUCGAAAGCGCGAGACAUGCUUGCAGGGUCGGUUCUUAUCAAUAAUGGUUUCUCGUGACAUUCUCCUUUAGUUAGAUAGAUAGAUACAUGUAUGCAUAAGAUAACAAU